AGCUAGACGCCGGUGGAGCUGAAGUCAUCCGGCAGAGCGCACAGCGAGGAGGAGGAGAGACACAGAGAACACCUCCAAAAACACACAUCUAGGACGACUCGAGCUGCGGAUCUGCGCUCUGCUCCUUUUCCGUUAACCAUCAUUGUGUUCCUUCUCUCUCCCAGUCCGGCACAGACAUCCAGAGGCGCACAGAAGAGGUGGAAUGAGAAACAAAUAAAAAAAAAAAAGCAAACGCGCAGCCCAGCGCCCCAACUAUGGCUCCAACGACGCUCGUCGGGAAGCUCGCCCAGCCUGCUUCACAGGAGCGGGCUGUAGUGCAGGAUGAGAGGUCUGCUGCGCUCCGCCGAGUGUGAGACCAGGAGGAAAUAUCACCUGACAGGCGGCCCUCCCCUCGGGGGACAGAAACAGACACCCUCGCUCCUCUCAACCUGGAAACUGGAGGCUGGAAACGGCCCAGAUCUGCCGUGCGUACAGUGCGCCUCCUUUCCAGAACUCUCCUGUGCUCACUUUCUCCUGGAGAGCGGCGAGAAGCAGCAGCAGCGUCUCUGAGCAACUUGGGGGAAACUUUGGCCCCCGGAUUACCUGCCAGUGCUGAGUGUCCAUGCGGGGAGCGCAGUGAGCAUCGUGCGCUCUGCUGCUGGGGAGACUGGAAACGGUGAGACAUCUAUAAAAGUCCCGCAAAGCCUCACAAAGUCCAGGGGCCACCGCAGCGAAGAUGCCGGUCCGGAGGGGCCAUGUGGCUCCGCAGAACACCUUCCUGGACACCAUCAUCAGGAAAUUCGACAGUCAAAGUCGCAAGUUUGUCAUCGCCAACGCAAGAGUGGAGAACUGCGCCAUCAUCUUUUGCAACGACGGCUUCUGUCACAUGUGCGGUUACUCACGCGCUGAGAUCAUGCAGAAGCCGUGCACGUGUAACUUCCUGUACGGACCUGACACCAAGCGACUGGCCAUCGCACAGAUGGCGCAAGCCCUGCUGGGAUCAGAGGAGAGGAAAGUGGAGAUCAACCUGUACCGCAAAGAUGGUCAGUGCUUCCUGUGCAUGGUGGACGUGGUGCCAGUGAAGAACGAAGAUGGCGUGGUGAUCAUGUUCAUCCUCAACUUCGAGGUCAUGUCAGAGGAAGCACUCCGAGACCGCAAACAGGAGCUCAACCACCGCCUGCCCACCUGGCUCGUCACUGGUCGUCCACGAGGCUUCAAGCUGCGUCUUCCCCUGCUGCACUCCUUGUCCAACAGCAAAGUGUCUCUGAACGACGCAGAGGCCGGUCGCAUUCCCACCGCUACUCCCCUGCCGCUGCACCCAGAGCACCACAGUCAAGAGUCCCUCGGCCUGGGGGAGUUUCUGCCUCUGCCCCCUUUACCACUAAACCACCAGGAGCAGAUCAGUGGAAGCAGGUCAGCGCUACAGAGUUGGCCAGAAGACCGCCAAGAGGACCAGCGCACCUUACUGGGCCCUGACCCUUCUGUACCCCCUCCUCCUCCUCCUCCGCCUCCCCACAGAUCCCACCUGGCAGGUCCCCUCACCCAGUCGUCACCUUGCGUAGCGCCUCACCACCGCCUCAGCCUCAACCCGGACGCCUCGGGCUCCAACUGCUCCUUGUCGCACAGCCGCUCGCGGGAGAGCUUCCACAGCAUGCGUCGCGCAUCCUCCGUAGACGAGAUCGAGGCCAUGAGGCCCGACUGGGACCGAAAGAACCGCAGAGCGAGUGUCCGGCCUGGCAGCAGCAGCACGGGUGCAGUAAACAGUAAGUCCAACAUAUUGAACUCCACGUCGGACUCCGACCUCAUGCGGUACCGCACCAUUUCCAAAAUUCCUCAGAUCACCCUCAACUUUGUGGAUUUCAAACCUGACCCACUCAUCGCCUUGCCCAGCGGGGAGAUGGACAUCAUAGCUCCCUGCAAACUCAUUGACCGGACGCACCACGUCACAGAGAAAGUCACGCAGGUGCUGUCUCUGGGUGCAGAUGUGUUGCCAGAGUACAAGCUGCAGGCUCCUCGCAUCCACAAGUGGACAGUGUUGCACUAUAGCCCGUUCAAGGCGGUGUGGGACUGGCUCAUCCUGCUGCUGGUCAUUUACACCGCCAUCCUGACGCCCUACUCAGCGGCAUUCCUCCUCAGCGACCAGGAAGACGCAGCCAUGCAGGGUUGUGGUUACUGCUCUCCUCUCAACGUGGUGGACCUCAUAGUUGAUAUCAUGUUCAUUAUUGACAUCCUCAUCAACUUCAGGACAACAUAUGUGAACACUAACGAUGAGGUGGUGAGCCAUCCAGUGCGUAUUGCCGUCCACUACUUCAAAGGCUGGUUCCUCAUCGACAUGGUGGCUGCUAUUCCCUUUGACCUGCUCAUCUACCGUAACGGGGAGGAGACCACCACUCUGAUUGGCCUGCUGAAAACCGCCCGCCUCCUGCGAUUGGUGCGUGUAGCCAGGAAGCUGGACCGCUACUCGGAGUACGGCGCAGCUGUACUCUUCCUCCUCAUGUGCACCUUUGCCCUCAUCGCUCACUGGCUGGCCUGCAUCUGGUACGCCAUUGGUAGUGUGGAGAGGAAUGGUUCAAUCGGCUGGCUCCACACGCUGGGGGACCAACUGGGAAAGCACUACAACAGCUCUGUCCUAGGUUCAGGACCCUCCAUCAAAGACAAGUACGUCACAGCUCUGUACUUCACCUUCAGCAGCUUGACCAGCGUGGGGUUCGGAAAUGUGUCCCCAAACACCAACUCUGAGAAGAUCUUCUCCAUCUGUGUCAUGCUCAUAGGAUCCCUGAUGUACGCCAGUAUCUUCGGAAACGUGUCAGCCAUCAUCCAGCGGCUGUACUCGGGGACGGCCCGCUACCACACCCAGAUGCUCAGAGUCAGGGAGUUCAUCCGCUUCCACCAGAUCCCCAACCCGCUCAGGCAGAGGCUGGAGGAGUACUUCCAGCACGCCUGGUCCUACACCAACGGCAUCGACAUGAAUGCUGUGCUGAAAGGUUUCCCAGAGUGUCUCCAGGCGGAUAUCUGCCUCCAUCUGAACCGGACGCUGCUGCAGAACUGUAAGGCUUUUAAAGGCUCCACCAAGGGCUGCCUCAGGGCGUUGGCCAUGAAGUUCAAGACCACCCACGCACCCCCGGGUGACACGCUGGUCCAUGCCGGGGACGUCCUCACAGCCCUCUACUUCAUAUCCAGGGGAUCCAUAGAGAUACUGAGGGGAGACGUGGUGGUAGCCAUCUUGGGGAAGAAUGAUAUCUUCGGCGAGCCUAUUAAUCUGUAUUCUCGACCGGGUAAAUCCAAUGCUGAUGUGAGGGCUCUAACCUACUGCGACCUCCAUAAAAUCUUCAGAGAAGAUGUUCUGGAGGUGCUGGACAUGUAUCCUGAGUUUGCAGACCACUUCUGGAACAACCUGGAAAUCACCUUCAACCUCCGAGAUACCAACAUGAUCCCAGGCUCGCCAAGCAGCGAUGACUCCAACUGUGGGGGAUUCAACAAAUUACGCAGACGCAAGCUCUCAUUCCGAAGACGAACAGAAAAAGAUGAUGCAGAUGCUGGAGAAAUUAAAAAGUCCCACAAGUCUGUGAGACGGAGACAGAGGGAAGCAGCCAACAACCAAAAACAGGAGGAGGCAUCUAAGCGGCAGUGGCAGGCACAUCGAAGCUCGGUGUCUUCACACUCCAGUGGUGAUGAGGGGGAGGAGUCAAUAGUGACGAGACUCGCCCCACCUCCGGCAAUGCUGGAGAACCCGCUGGCUCAGGCUGUGCCCAGGAAUUUUAAUGAGAACACAGAAGGCGAUGGAGAUCCCAAAACUGGGAACACGUGCAACGCCCUGUCAGGUGCAUUCUCAGGUGUGUCUCACAUCUUUAAUUUCUGGGGGGAGAGUCGGGGGAGUGGGCAGUACCAGGAAGUUCCCAGCUGCAGCCUGGCCUCCCCGCCACCACUCAACACGCCGCUGCACAGCCUGAGCCGACAGCAGCGCAACCAGCUGGACACACGCCUGGACCUGCUGCAGAAACAGCUCAACAGGUUGGAGAGUCGCAUGUCAACGGACAUCGGAGCAAUCAUGCAGCUGCUGCAGAGACAGAUGGCCCUGGUUCCUCCUGCCUACAGCGCUGUCUCAUCACCACCUCAGGUCUCACCUUACCCUGGUCCCGGCCCAGGUCCAGGUCCAGGAGAGAGACUGGUCCAGCCUGUUACGCCUCUGGAGACAGACCCCUUGGGCUCCUUAUCACAGAUCUUGGAUUCCCAGGACUUUGAGGAGUUCCCGGCCAAGCCUCUCGACUCCCUGCAGCCCCAGGACUCCCCACUGAUCCACACCAGCCAGAGCCAGCUCGCUCCCUCCGGACUGGACAGCCUGGGGCAGCAUCUGGAGUUGGAGCUGGGACUGGGCACUGGGGCUGGAGUCAUUUCAGGGCCAGCUGUAGGUUCAGGUGUAGGGAUAGAUUUAGGGAGUGGGGCAGCAGUGGGGUCAAGCUUAGGAGCAGGGUUAGACUUUGGUUCAGGGGUAUGUUUAGGGUCUGGGGUUGGACCAGCCGUGGGAACGGAGGUACCUUCCCUGGAUCUAGAAACCCAAAGGAGGCUGUCCCUACAAGAACCACAGACACCUCUGGACUCACGGACACCACAGAGACACAGCUCUGACCCGGGGGGGAGCUAAGGAAGAGGUGAAGGGGGAGGAGAGGGGGAUGGAGGGAGGGACACAGAGAAAGAACGACAGCGAUGUUUUACCCCUUCUAUUUCCACUGUUCCUCAUGGCACUUUGGAGAUCAAGAGGCACCUACUGUACCUACCACAAAAACUUUUUAGGGCACCCAGCUACUGUAUCUUCACCGCUGAAAUUUCACCUCUGACCUCUUCAGAAAGGACACCUGGAUCAGAGAGAGUGAAGCCAGGCAGGCGGGGGGGUCAAAGAAAGGAUUGAGGCCUCUCUCUGUCUCUCUUCCACAAGUCCCCCCUCUCUUCUUAUAAAACAUCAGGAGCUUUCUGAACUCCACAACGGUACAACCUUUAACCAAAACCACAAACAGAGCAGAGAGGAGCUCUGCCACUUAAUGAACACAGUCCAGCCAGGUCGACCCAGACUGAUCCGGUCUGGUGCUCUCAGUCGUCUGCCGAAGGUUGACGCGUCACACACAUAACUGACUGCUAUCCUGUAGAAGAAUCCCUUUACUGCUGUGUCCAGUGUUGGAUGACUGACGAGAACGAGACAACAACGGACAGAAUAAUGACGAAACAAGUAGCCAUUUACGUCUUGCACUGAAAAUCCUAUUGAUAUAAUGAUUAUUCUAUUCUAUAUGUCCGUGGCGCUUCCGAUAAACUCACAAACUGGUUGGUAAAUUGUAGUGUUAGCUGGCCUAACAGGAAACCUGCUGUCCCGUUCUGUCAUUGGUUCCUUCCCCCCUGAUGUCCUGCCCCAAGAGGCGGAGCUAACGCUUCCCCCUUCCCAAGAGCACACUGGAUUGGCUGGUUUGCACCUCAGGGGUGGGAACUGGAGGGUUAAAAGCCAUGAAUUUUCUCGAUGAACAUAUCAGCUGCCCUAUCAUAAGCAUUGUACAGAUUUGCUAGUGAGUGAAGAACACAUGGCAUGCUUGGGCAGCGUCACAAACAGGUAAACUGGCAAACUUACAAGUUUACCACGAGAACAGCGCACCAAAAACAGCUCACUAUAAACAACGACACAAGCAGGAAACCCCAGUUUACUAAUUCCAUGAGCUAUGAGUUGUGACCUUGUAGAGAAACAGAGACACUACGAUGAUAUGCGACAUGACACUGGCCUGCUUUUAUUUCUAAAAAUCAAAGCACACGCAUGAAGGAAAAAAAGGUUGAGUGAUUCUAGUUUAUCAUAGUUGAAUUUGCUACCUCAGAUUUCAUCGAUCCUUACUUUUGUUUUUUCACCUGAGCAAGCGCCCAGAAUGCUUUCACAUGCUUGUACAUACAAGUUCGUCACAUGAUCCAUAAAUAUACAAGUUUGCCAGUUUACAAUGACCAGCCGAAUGCGCCAUUAUUCUAUGUACAGUACAAUAUGCAAACACUGGCAAGAAGAGAUGAGUGAGUGUGCUUUAAUCUUAUUACGUGUGUGUGAAAAGUUCAGGUCUAAACCUUUAUACGUGUUUAAUGUUUGUCCUCGUUUGCAGAGCAUGGCGUAUAGUGCGUUUGCUUUCACACACUGUAGAGGGUCACUGGAUUGUAAUGUUUAGGACAAAUAUGUUUUCUUUGCCCCAAACUGAUUUUAGCAGCUUUUUCAAAUUAUGAAUUAUGAUGAAGUGUUUUUUGAAUCUAGACAGCACAAAUAAAACCCUUUAUAAUGUAGGUUUUGAAAUACUUAGGAGGUCAUCCAAGAAUUUUCAAUACUACAGCAGGAGACACUGUACUUAAGCACCACUGUUUUAGGGACUACGUCAUGUUAACUUAAGCCCAUUACCUCCCAUUUUGAAGUUCUCAUAAACAUCUGAUCCUUGUCAUGUCAUGUUAGCAGGCCACCAACACAGUAACGCAGAUUCUCUGAGGUAUAGAGAUGCACAGAUGCUGAGAACUUCACCACACUUUACUUAAGCCCCGUUUCCACCCAGCAGUACGGUUCAGUUCAGUUCGGUACGAAUUUUUUCUGUUUCCACUGUGAAAAGUUGUGGAUGGUACCAAUGGAACCGUUCCGUACCAUCCCCAUUUUUGGUCCCCCCUCUAGCGAUGGCCAAAUGAAGCCUCAUGAAGCAUUUUCUUUAUUUUCUGAGCAGCUCAAACAAUGGUAAUAAAGUGAAGCCUUCAACCUUUUGUUGAACAAAAAGCACCAUCUAGUGGGCUCAUAAAAUGAAGAAAAUGCUUUAUGAUGCUUCAUUUGGCCAUCGCUACCCCCCUCUGUUGGGGUACCUAGCACACAGAAUUGGUACUAGUGCUGGCCGGAGCAGUGAGUGACAACAGCCCCACCCACAUCUAACAGUACUGUUUGUGAUGGAAACACUAAACGAACCCCGGGUCUAGGUACCAUGUCUGAAAGGUUACUCGUGGUUCCAAAGCUACCAUACCAAAAGUGUUUGGUGGAAACGGGGCGAGAUAGAUGGCAAAAUAAGAGAUGCUUCGUAUGUACAGAUAGAGCAAACUGGCAAAAACAAACAUGCAUUGAUCAGUCUGCCAUUGAAGCAAACACAGCCUCAUUCAGUCCCUUUGAUUUAGGAUUGAUUCAUUUGGCCAUUUAUCACACUGCACUGUUGAGGUUCAUCAAACGUACCACUGCUCAGGUUUCAUUUGGCUCAGUGCAGUGGCAUUGUACUGCUCUGCUGUGUGACACACUGUAGACUGACUUGACAAAUAACACCAUUUUAGGAGACCAAGGGAGGGUAAUGUGUCGAGGUGAUCUUGGAUCUGUGAACUGAAAACAUCUUUGGUCCAGGCCUCCAUCUUUCAUCCUCCUACAUAAUACUGUAUCACUUCAGAGGAAGACUGUAUCUCACCAGCCACCGGAUAAGUCUGGCAUGUCAAGAAAAUGACAACUAACUGAUGAAUGAUAUGAUUUCCUGUGUUUAUAAAUGAUGUUGUGACUUCAGUGAGGCUCAGUGAGCAGGUUGAAGAAAAAAAUUAUAGUAUCAAAGAGAAAGGUGAUUUAUUGCAUAUGAAGAAUUUCUGUAUAUGAAAAAAAAAAAGCCCUGGAACUACGUUUAGAUCAAAUUAUUGGAUAGACAAUUCUAACAAAUAGGGUUGGAAAAGUGCAUGCCGACCACUUGCAAAUUUGAGAGAUAUGUACACCUCUCCAUUUAAAUCUCACUAUGAAGUAUAAAUGGAAUGAAUGGCAAUGUAACUUCCCCCAGGAUUAAUGAUAAGGUGAUGGUGAUGAUGGAAAUAACCAUGGUGUAAUAAGGGCGGAGUCUGGAGUUAACCAGAUAUCUCAGGGCAGGCAGACGUGUAUGAAAUAAUAUGAGCAGGCACAAUGAUACUCCCUUAAAUUAAGAAUUUUAAGAAAAACUUAAGUAUUUUUCAACCUAAGUGACCUAACCUCUAAGUGAGUAAUGGGAAUAAAAACCUUUUGACAUUGGUGUAGUAUUGAGAGAGAGAACGGGCUGCAAUGUAAUCUCUCAGGGCAAUAAGACACUGUCAGUGUAUGUCCACUAUAAGGGCUUAUUUUGCCACUGACAGGCUCAGAUUGUCAUCGAACCUUUUAUUGUUAGUGAACAGUGUGACGUUUUCGAGUGGGCGGGGCUUAGCUGGAGGCACAACAAUUCUCCACAGACAUUAGCUAGCACUAGCUAGCAAGUUCUGUUGGCUUGUUUUAGACAAUGGAAAAAGAUGAUGCGAGUCGUGCAUUCGGAAAUACUCAUUAUGAGUGUCGGAGCGCACUCUGACACAAACUGGACCGUUUGUAAAUUUGGAGCGCUGUCUUUGUUUUCGUUGACAGGCAGUGGCAGCUGAUAGGUGAUAAAAUUUACAUUCUGAGCCAUGACUCCUUUUAUUCUGGCUCCCAGUAACACCACAAGACAAUAUUUGCCCUACAGCCCUUUGGUCGCUAGUUGUGUUUUGCCUCCAGCUAACAAACAGACAUCAUUGUGACAUCGGCCCGAGAAGGAUCUCUUGUCUGACAAAGACACAAAAUGUUUUUCUUUGUCUUCUGCUUGAGCCAGCCUGUUUGUUAUUGGGUCCAACCAAUUUAUUUCUCUUUAGGGAUCCUUUCCAUAAUGUUGUCAGACACUGCUAAUAACAAUCUGAUCCUGUCAAUGGCAAAAAACAAGCACUUUCAGUGGAUGUACAUUGACAAUGCACUAUUACCCUGAAAGAUUAAAUCGUAGCUUGUUUUGCAGGUGUCAGCUGCAGCCCUCUCUGUCAUUACUGAACUGGUUUCAAAAACUUGUUCCCAUUAGUCACUUGUGAAAAUAGGGUCCAUGUUAAAAUAUACUGAAGUCACACAUUAAUUUCUGCAAUAUCAUACAGUUUUAUCAGUUUUCAGUUUUGAGUUGCCAAGAUGAAGGGAAAUAAAAUGUCCUACGACAUCUUCAAAUUGUCUUCCCCCGAUACAAAAUUACACGGACAGACCCUUUUCCUGCACCACACGCUAAAGAGAGAAAACCUUUUGAAGUGCAAUAGUCCUUUAAACAGUUAAGACUUGUAGCAGCUUAACUACAUCCGUUAACUUUUAGCACUUUACUUCUUAAACAGUGCAGAUGUUUAAUAAAGACUCAGGAACGUGUCAUUGAUGUUAAAGGGUUAAUUUUCCUUUGUCUCAGAACUCAAAACCAACCAAUCACAAGGAAGGAAAGAACAAUUGGAGUGUGACAUUUACACAGUAACAUCCUUAACCUUAACUGUGGCGGAGUUCCCCUUUAAUGCAGAAUUGUGAAGAUUGUAUUUAGCUGCUUGCAGGUCUAAGCUAUUGUAUUUAUUUAUUGUUUUAGGAUUAUUGUUGUUUGUGUUUUUUGUCUCGGGUUAAUGAAAAGUUCAUUUGGUGCAGCAAGUGAAGUCUUUCUGUUUAAACAUGUAUCUCCCAUGUUCUCGUGUUCCUUUGUGCAUAACUCUUGAAAUUAACACUCAUGAAGCCAUUCACAAUGCUUAUUUAAUAUUUAUGAAGUGCUUGUAGAGUGGUGCACAUUAUUACUAUUAUCAUUAUUAAUAAUUCUAAACUGAUCAAUACGCAAAUGCACACAAAGCCACAUUCAAUACACAGUGUGCACGUGGCCUGUCGUACCUGUUUUCACAGUGACUGUCGGCGUCUCUCCUGUGCAGUAAUCGGACCGUGCGGCUGCAUGUAAGCAGCUGAUGUCACGCUUUGUAAAGGUGCACUUUAGUAUCGAACCAAAGCGAGUGAAUGCUGUAACAAAUCACUGGUGACAUUUUAAACUCACAUGUAAAUGCAGCUGCAUUAUCUGUGAUUUUAAAGUUCAACCAAGGAGAUUCUUAAAGUGACUUAAAAUCAUUUUUGGGUGUGAUCGGGAUGGUUUGGAAAACUUGAACCUAGAGAGUGAGGGUGGUUUGUACACUGUAAAAAGGGAUUCAAGCGGCUUUCAGAUGAAUUGUGACUGAACAUAUUGGUGGGUUAUAUACAAAGGAAACACAUUCUCACUACCAACUCGUCAAAUACUAACACUCAAUCAGUGGCCCUACAUGUCAAAAUAUGACAGGUUCCCCUCCAGCAUCCCUUUUGGACGCUUAGGGUCAGCAUGUCAGUUUCCGCUUGUUACAUGCAUUGUGUAUUUUCAAAAUAAACUUCCGCGCGCAGAGGAAAAGUACAGUUUCUGCUUGUUAAAUGCAAAAUAAACUACCAACAUAGGUUUACUACGUAUUUAGGUUUACUCAAGUGGCAAACUCCAGGAAUGAAAAAUGAAACCAACGCAGAAGUGGCAAAAAACGGCAUUCCUCACAUGUCCACAUGAGGCUGGCUCCAGUGGCAAGUCAAUCCACACAGACAUCCAUGUUAAAAUGUCCAACUUUACAACAGAAAUAAACAUGUUUACAGCCUGGUACAAAAAAAUGGUUUUGGUCUCUCUAGCUAGUUUCCCAUUCUUUACAUAAGUCAUCUGUUUACAUAUUUUUAAGGCUUAAAGUUAUGGAUAUUUAAGGCCGGGGUGAGUAACAGGGUGUUUGCAAGUAGUGACGGCCAAAUGAAGCCUCAUGAAGCAUUUUCUUUAUUUUCUGAGCCCACUAGAUGGCGUUCAUGGUUUAAAGAGAGAAGCUCAAAGAAUGGCAAUUCAGUGUGCUUUCAACCUUUUGUUGGGCUCAGAAAAAGGGUUUAAGGGCAUCCAUGGAACGGAUUUAAGCAGCUGAAGUCAUUUUAUUUAGAGUUAAGGCAUGUUUGUUGGGCUAUGAGGACGAGGUUAAAGAAAAGAAGUCGCUACUUGAAGUAUUAUGUAGGAAUAAUAGUUCAGUGUGGUCAAGACUGGUGCUGUGUCUCAAAUUGCAUACUUAGUACAUUUCCAUGUAGUAUACUAUGUUUAGUGAUGGCCAAAUGAAGCCUCAUGAAGCAUUUUCUUCAUUUUAUGAGCCCACUAUAUGGUGCUUUUUGUUCAACAAAAGGUUGAAAGCACACUGAAUUGCCAUUCUUUGAGCCUCUCUCUAUAAUCCAUGAGUGCCAUCUAGUGGGCUUCAUGAGGCUUCGUUUGGCCAUCACUAUCCGCAAGGUGUUGUUAUCCACCCCUCGCUACUCCACAGCUCCAACCUGUUAUCUAAAUAUGGUCACUAAAACCCCAAAAUGGUGGUGACCAAAAUGCAGAACUCGAGGCUUCAAAACAGCAGUCCACAAACCAGUGGGUGACAUCACGGUAGCUACGUCCAUUAUUUUAUACAGUCUAUGGGUUUACUUCCUCAGGUUUAGGCAACAAAAGUACAUGGUUAAAUUCAAAAAUAUGAUCAAAGUUUGGGUUAAAAUAAAUGUGUCUUAAUGACAUAUUAUGCUACGUUGUUAAAGUAACUCUUCUCACAGGACACAAACAGCGCUCUCCUGGGUGAAAGUCCUGUAUUUGUUUGACCAAUCCACCCUACUUUGUCUAUCUUGCUCUUUUUACUACGCUCAGAGCGUCAGAUUAUGAGGCAGGCCAUACGUGGCGUCGAUAACUGACGCCAAGGGCCACUGACAGUGUCGAUAUUUGACGAGCUGGGAGUAAGAAUAGACUGACAAAGUUGCUAUAAUCCCUUUUUCCUGUAUUUAAAAUGUAAGUGAAUGCAUCACGGAUGUCCAAAGCUGAUAAGCUGACACUGACCAAAUCUACUGAGUUCUUUUUACUACUGAACCCUAUCUGCUUGUUGCCGUGUUUCGAUUGGUUUACUUUGCUCACACACUCAUCAUUACCAUCGGUUAGAUUUCACCAGCAGUCCCUGCCUGUGGUCACCAGGAACAAGAUCUCAUAACGAAUCGGUCUUUGACUCCAAAUAUCCAGUGAAAACCCAUCGAGAUCUUUACCAGUGAAUCUGAUUUGAAUACUGAUUUUCAGAAGCGGGCUCUCCUCGCCGUCACACAUACUGUAGCGAGAGUUUUGUUAGUGUUCAAUAACAGUCACCUAGUGGCCUGAACUGUAUCUUUACAUUCAGAACUAUGACCUCAAAACUAGAAUGUGGUUGUCGUCGUCGACUCUUCUUCCUUGUAUGUGACCGUAGACCUUAGUGGAAUAUUCAAUGCUACAGAAUACAUUUAUGUAAUGCAUAAUGCAUAUUACAAAACUAGAGAGGGACUGGGGAGGGGGUCGUUAAAGGAGAUUAGAGUGGGUUUUUUUUCCCUUUUGCAUUUGAACACACACGUACAAAUAUGAAAAACCCAGCUUACAGUCACGCCUACACACACACACACACACACACACUAAACACACACCUUCCUUAACUGCUCUUCCACACUGCUGAGCUUUUUUCAGCUCUGUACAACUUUCUAUGAGUUCCAACAGACUUGGGAUCUGUAUUUGUAGAUAUUUUGAGCACUUGGGGAGGGGGGUUUGGUAUCGUUUACACAACACUGGAUCUGCUCUGUCACUCCUUGCCUGUACAUACCGACUUCUACUACUUGUAAAGGAAUCAAACUCUUUGGCACUCGUAUAGCCAGCACUAUGCAGAAACUGAAAAAUUUCUUUGGCAUGCUUUGAAAUGCAGAAUACUAUAGAGGAAAAUAUACUAAAUAAUAAAGUCUGCUCUAAUUUCUUAUGAAAAUAAUCACCUUAUUGGAAAUAAAAAAAAUAAGAUGUGGAUGCAGUUGUCCAUGGUAAAAAUGGAUAUGAUGAUGAUGAGGGUGAUUAAAGGUGAUUAGGAUGAUGACGCUCAAGACUUUUAAUAUUGUGCACAUUUUUACUUGCAUGCUGCACCGAGAAUCGUCCAGCAGUCCAAGGGUUUGACGUGCAAAGCAGCUGAUUUUUGCUGUAUGCUUGCAAACUGUGUGUAGAGUGAAACACUGAAUUCUUCCGGGUUACGGGAGAGUCAUAUUUAUAUAUACAUAUAUAUAUACAUACUACUUCCAGGUUAUGGAAGAGAUGGGUACUGAAUAGCUGCAAAUAUAGUGAUCCUGGAUGAUACAAUAUUAUAUUGUAUAUUUGUAUCUUUGGUUGCAAACCACUGUAAUAGAGUGAUGCAUGUGUGGCAGUCCUGGGCAGAACUGUUACCUGUUUCCCAAAUAUCAAGGAGCGCUUGAUUUACCUUCUCCGGCUUAUGUUUUCACUCUUGCCUAAAAAGUUAAAUCAAGUGCAUCUAAAAUGUUCUAAAUCCCGCUUUCGCCCAGCUGAGACAGGCGACACUCUGAAGACUGACUCUUAUCAACACAUGUGAGCGCACUUUUGGACCACGUCUUCUUUUCUUCUCAGUGCACAGGGUGUUGAAAUCUGUUAGCAAUAGCAUAUCUUUGACACAGUUUGCUGAAAAGUACCGAGUAGUGUGGCGGCCCAAAAAACUCUCACAAAUGUUUUGAGAACUGUUAAUCUUUUCAACAGUGUAUACUCUACUGCAGUCCCUGGAAUAUUAACCAUAGAUUUCUAACACUGGGCUGGCCGAUGCAGUGCUUUAUUCAUAUCAAAUGUUGAAGAAAGGUGGAGGGGAAAUGGUGAAGCUCUAGGUUCUGAUUGUGUGAUAGCAUUAUCAAUGGUUGAACUUUAUAAAAUUUCAAAAUAUUUCUUUCAAUAAACCUCUUU